AUGGCAGGGCCACCACCACCACCACCACCACCUCCGCCAUCGGGUGCUCCAAAUCUCAAUACAUCAAACUCGGGACCUCCUCCUGCUGCCAUGGCAGCUGGAAGAGAUGCUUUAUUCGGUGACAUCAGAAAGGGAGCAAAGUUAAAGAAAGCAGUGACGAUUGAUAAAUCAAAGCCAAUGAUCGAGGGAAAUGUGUCGGUAUCUACCAGCGCACCAUCACUUCUGGCACAUGGAAGCAGCUCUGCAUCUGCACCAGCUCCUUCCAUCCCAACAGGUGCCCCUCAGUUGGGAGACAUCUUUACAGGCAGAAUUCCCAAAUUGAAGCAUGUUGACAACAGAGCUGGCAUGACACCACCAUCGGCACCAAAGAUUCCAACAAAGACACCAGCACCGCCAUCAAUCAGGCCUACAAAGUCAGCAGCAUCAACAGCCACACCACCAAUCCCACAAGGUAAUCCACCUACAUCAACCGCACCACCGGUUCCUACGAGCGUGCCUCCAGCACCUAAAGUACCCCCCACUCGACCCAAGAAGCCAAAUCAUGUGAAAAAUAGCUCUAUCAGUUCAAUCAACUCUAUUGAAUCAACAAGUAAGCCACCACCAUUGCCUUCUGGUCCUCCACCAAUCCCAACAACAGCCCCACCAAUCCCUACAGCAUCAAAACCUACCAAGUCGAGUGCACCUGCAAGUUCAGCGCCACCAGCGCCAACCCCACCACCUCCACCACCAAUGGCACCCCCUUCUAAUACAUCAGCUCCGUCAGCGCCUCCAUUGCCAACAGGUGGUUUACCAUUCUUGGGUGAAAUAAAUGCAAGAAGGGAUGAGAGUAACGUGGUUGACAAAGCACCAACAAGUGGCACUCUGAAUAAACUGGCCGCACCUAGUAAAGCGCGUCCAUUGCCAAAUACCGCCGCUCCGAAGCCCCCUCCAUUACCACAGAGUUCAGCACCAAAGGCUCCACCAGUUCCGUCGGGAGUGCCUGCACCACCUGCACCCCCACCUCCAUCGUUGGCACCAAAGGCAUCUACUGCUAAGUCUUCUACUAACUCUUCAGCACCUCCAGUAGCACCCGGUGGCGCCUUACCUUUUUUGGCUCAAAUCAAUGCAAAGAGAGAUGAUUCUUUUGUUGUAGAUGGUAGCCUGAAGUCGUAUAAUACAAGAAGCAAAUCUUCUACUACAUUACCCUCCCCAGUGAAAGCAAAUGAAAAUGGAUCACAGAAAAUUUCGUUUGGCAAUUCUAACGAAUCUAAACUGCCUGCACCACCCAUACCAAAUUCUGCAGUGCCCCCAAUUCCUGGUAUGCUACCACCACGAAGGAAGUCAACUCAAGCACAAACACCUCCUGUACCAGCGGCACCACCAGCACCACCAGCACCACUUACAGCCGUUCCAACUCCGAAAGCUCCACCCCCACCACAGCAAAAAGUCAAACCUUUGGUGCCACCGUCGUCCAACGAUCUACCAUCACAUGCUGAUGUUUCUAGUAAGCAUGAUUCUCCUUCACGAGCCCCACCGUUACCAUCAGGUGGUCCACCCCUGCUGCCACCACCACCACCUACGCCAUCAACACCGACAAUAUCAAAAUCCAAGAAAGCAGCUCCACCGCCACCACCACCAUUGUCUCAAUCACCAUCAUCUUCAAUUUCAAGAAGUAGAACCUCAUCAUCGCAACACAACAAUGAUGAUCUCGACUCACAGCAACAUGCUGGCUCGUCAUUGCGUAAAAUUUCGGCACUGGCUUAUACUAUAAAUGGGCAUGGGAAAAAUUCAUCUUCAGGGCAAAAAGUGGUCAUUGAUGACAAGAGGUUCAAGUUUGUGAAUGCCAAUGCGUUGCCUAACCCAAGAAGAUUCGAAGGUGCAAAGAAGUUGUAUCCUAGUGGCAGGGGCUCUUCGAUCCCAUUGGACUUGAGUUUGUAUUCUUAA